AUGAGCCAGUACCUACAGUCACACCCACUCUACACUUACAUUUGCUUGCCCAAAGACUGGAACAAACGCCAGGCGAAACUCGUGUCGAUCCGAGAAGAAAAACUUCGCAACGCAUACAACUUCGUCAUGGAUCCCAAACGCAUCGUCGACAGUGACAAGACGACGUAUUCGGGUGAACUUUUUGAGUCUAUAGAUGGCGACUUCUGCGGCAUACGCUUCGAAAUUGUACAGUUCCCUGGAGUCAAGUCACUUCAGCAAGUCUACGAUGCGGCUUUGUACUACCUCACGAACAUGGAGAUCAGUAUUACGGAACGGCUCGGACACAUCACGGUGCUGGACGACUACGAGACAAUAGACGGCAGCGUGUACAACGCUCGGGUGCUGUCCACCGUUCACGACACAGUCACGAUGGAAACCAGCUCACUGUUGUUUCCGAAGAUGGAUCCCGAUGGGGAAUACGAAAUCGUAGUUCUCGAUUCUAUCGACGAGGACGAACUCUAUCCGUACAGCUCAGCCAAACGGGUGCGGAAGGAUGUGUCAGCUACUGCUGUCUUUACGGCCCGGAGGAAACCAACAGUCAAUGGAGAGGAGGGAGAACUCGUCGUGACGAUGAGAGGCUCAGCUUUCUUGAAGAUCCAUCGACCCCAAUUUGCUGCUCGGGAGGAUAUCCAGCAAGAGAUGGCAACAAACAUCAUGGCGUGGGGUGAUGUCAUGGUAAAGUCGAUCCGGAGUAUUGUGUAUGGGGCGUGCUAA